GGAUAGGUGAUAGAGUUGCAUUGACACCAUCGAGCAGAACCACACAAGUAAACUUGCCUGCCCAGAGUCACAAAAUGGCCUCUCUGUUUGCCAACCAACUACGCGGCGCAGCUUCUGCCCGCGUGCAGAAGGAUCAUGCGUCUAGCUCCGGAUCGCUGCUGGGCCAGGCGCGCUCCACCUCUCGCUCAUCCGCGACCGCGGUUGCCACAUCCACUCUGCGCCCGUGCGCGGUCCGCUCCACGCCCUUCCGUGGCUCGGCGAGCGCGCAUGUGUCCGCCAUCCGCUCUCGUCGCGGCGCGGCGAACGUGGUUUGCAUGGCUGGGAACGGCGAGAAGCUCACAAUCGCUGUGACGGGCGCCACCGGCCUGGUGGGCAGCCGCCUUGUCGCCAAGCUGGCAGCCGCAGGACACAAGGUGCGUGUGCUGACGCGCAACACCGGCGCCGCGCGCUCCAAGCUGAGCUACCCGGGGCUGGAGUUCUUCGGCCCGGCGGACUGGGCCAAGGGCGUGGAGGGCGCCUACGGGGUGGUGAACCUGGCGGGGGAGCCCAUCGCCACCCGCUGGACGGACGACCUGAAGAAGGCCAUCAAGGCCUCUCGCGUGGGCGCCACCACCUCCGUCGUGAACGCCAUCAAGGCCGCCCCCGCCGACAAGCGGCCCAAGGUGUUGGUAUCCGCGUCCGCCGUGGGCUACUACGGCAUCAGCCAGACCGCCACCUACAGCGAAGACUCCCCCUCGGGCAGUGACUAUCUGGCGGAGGUGUGCCGCGCCUGGGAGGCUGCGGCGCUGGAGGCACAGUCGGUUGGCGUGCGGGUGGUCAUUGCGCGCAUUGGCAUUGUGCUGGCGCCCGAGGGUGGCGCGCUGGGCAAGAUGCUGCCCGUGUUCCAGAUCUUUGCCGGCGGCCCGCUGGGCAGCGGCAAGCAGUGGAUGUCCUGGAUCCACCGUGACGACCUGGUGGACCUCAUCACGCAGUCGCUCACCAACCCCGCUUUCAGUGGCGUCUACAACGCCACAGCGCCCAAGCCCGUGCGCAUGAGCGAGCUGUGCUCCGCGCUGGGCAACAUGCUGGGCCGCCCCAGCUGGCUGCCGGUGCCGGAGUUCGCGCUCAUGACGCUGCUGGGCGAGGGAGCCAGCGUGGUGCUGGAGGGCCAGCGCGUGAUGCCCACGCGCACGCAGGCCGCCGGCUACCGCUUCAAGUACGCCGACAUCGGCGACGCCCUGCGCAACCUGGUGCGCACCAACUAGUUAGAGACGCGUAGCACAUGCAGGCAGACAUACAUACAUACACACACAGGCUGCAUGGGGCAUGGGCGGUUGUGGAGGCGUUGAAGGUUGCCAGCAUGAUGCACGUCGUGGCGCAUAGUGCGUACACACGUACGCGCAUGUGCAAGCUGGGAGAGACGGGAGGAGCUAGCUAGCUAGCUAGCUAGCUAGCUGCUUGGCUAGCUGGAUGCGGAUCUUGUGGUCUGGCAGUCUAGCGGUCGCCAACGCAUGGGUUUGGGCGUGCUGGUUGGUACGGGUGCGGGUGAUGGGUGUGGGUUUGGCUAAUGAUGGUGGUGGUGGUCUGGCGGCGGCAAUGUGGGAUGGUUUCGAGGCGCGGGGCCUGACUCAUUGGGUGGCAGGGUGGCAGGGCAGGCAAAUCGAGGGGGGUACGCGCGCUCGAAAAGCGUGGACUACGCCGCAUGCGUGCACUGCAUAUGUGUGUGGCAUAUGUGGAGAGGGGGCGAGGUGGCGAGGCACCGGACGAGGGCGAAGGGGCGGACACAUGCCCAGCCUGCCGACCUGCGACUCGGCUGUUUGGGGGAUGCGCGGAUGUGCGCGGGCUGUGCAGCUGGUGACGUCGUGUCGUGUGCCUCGUAUGUGUGCCCACCCUCGCGCGACCGACACGCCUCCCUCUCUUUUCUCCUUCUCCUCCUCUCUCUCCUCUCGUGUGUUCCGCACCCUCACACGUACACACGUUCACGCGGCGCCACCCCCACACGCGGCACGCCUCGUGGCGAAUUGUGGACGUGGACCCCAACCCCUUCGUCCCUGUGCGUGUGUGCGUGUGCGUGUGUGCGUCACCGGUGCCGAUGUCGCGUCCUCGCCAACUGACACGUGUUGCCUUGUGGCGGCGCGUGUUCGUGUGCGCAGCGAUUGGUGUCGCGGUGAGCCUGUGACCUGUUGUGUGCAUGCGUGUGCGUGUGCGUGGCUGUGUAAGCGAUGUGUCAUUGUGUACGGGCGAGGUGGGAAUGGACGAUGCUGACGUGUGCAUGUGCGGGCAGGUUGUACAUGAGUAUGUGCCUCCGGGUGGCGUGAUGCGGCGUGGUGGGGGCCGGGCGUGGAGGCCACGGCAACAGGUCCGGUCCGGGCGGUGUAGGAGCCAGCGCAAUGCGGUGUGUGUGUAUGCACGGUAUAUGGACUAUCGACGGGCAGCGGGUGAAGGGGCUCCUAACGUUUGUGCCCCCCAAUUUUGAGGGAUUACGGCAACAGCACACGGACGAUGUGUGUGCGCAGGCCGGCAGCGCGGGUCCGCUUGUAGGCACCCCGGAGUUGCGGUGUACAUGCAUACAGUGGGGCAGGCCACGGCUGUGUAACCAGUACGAACC